CGGAGGGGAGGUGGGGAGACUGCUGGGGCCGCCUGGCGCCGUGUUACUUUCUUUUUUUCUUUUUUCUUUUUAUCUUUUACUACCCAAAUUCUUAGUAGCGUGUUACUUUCGUAUCAUAAAGUCACGUUACUGCGGGUGUAAAGCAACACUCCGCCCCUCCGUUGAAGCCAUCUGACCCGGCGCCUCCCUCCGGACCUGCCUCCUUGUGCUCGCAAGCGCGCAGCCUUCCCUGGGGAGUCCCGGGCGCACCCUGGGCCGGGGCUGACCGAGAGGCUGCGGAAGGAAGCGGGACCCUCCCUGUGCCCCAUCUAUCUGUGCCGUAAGUCAGGCAGAGCGGCUCCUCACAGCCCCGAGCUCCUUCUGCACGGGCGGCCAGGCCAGCGGGGACCUGCCGGAGCAGCCAGCAAAGCAGAUCCCGGGGCCCUCGUCAUGUGUCCCAGCUGGUGGCUCUGGGCCCUAGUGGCCGUGUGCGCCGCGGACGUAUUCAGGGACGAGGCAGAGAGGAUCAUGCGAGACACGCCUGUCAUCGACGGGCACAACGACCUGCCCUGGCAACUGCUGAAAAUGUUCAACAACCAGCUGCAGGACAAGAGGGCCAACCUGUCCACCCUGGCCGGCACGCACACCAACAUCCCCAAGCUGAGGGCUGGCUUCGUGGGCGGCCAGUUCUGGUCUGCGUACACGCCCUGCGACACCCAGAACAAAGACGCCGUGAGGAGGACGCUGGAGCAGAUGGACGUCAUCCACCGCGUGUGCGACAUGUACCCUGAGACCUUCCUGUGUGUCAGCAGCAGUGCAGGCAUCCGGCAGGCCUUCCAGCAGGGGAAGGUGGCCAGUCUGAUCGGCGUGGAGGGCGGCCACUCCAUUGACAGCAGUCUGGGCGUCCUGCGCGCGCUCUACCAUCUGGGCAUGCGCUACCUGACGCUCACCCACAGCUGCAACACGCCCUGGGCCGACAACUGGCUGGUGGACAGCGGGAGCGACAAGGCCCAGAGUGAAGGCCUGUCGCUCUUUGGGCAGAGCGUGGUGAGGGAGAUGAACCGCCUGGGCGUCAUGAUUGACCUGGCCCACGUGUCUGUGGCCACCAUGAGGGCCACUCUGCAGCUGUCCAAGGCCCCGGUCAUCUUCAGCCACUCCUCGGCCUACAGCCUGUGCGCGAACCGGCGCAACGUGCCGGACGACGUGCUGCUGUUGGUGAACCAGACGCGCAGCCUGGUGAUGGUGAACUUCUACAACGACUACGUGUCCUGCGCUCGGGAGGCCAACCUGUCCCAAGUGGCCGACCACCUGGACCACAUCAGGAAGGUGGCCGGAGCCGGAGCCGUGGGCUUUGGUGGGGACUUUGAUGGCGUGACGAGGCUCCCCACGGGACUGGAGGACGUCUCCAAGUACCCAGACCUGAUCGCAGAGCUGCUCAGGAGGAACUGGACGGAGGCGGAGGUCAGGGGUGCGCUGGCCGACAAUCUGCUGAGGGUCUUCGAGGCCGUGGAGCAGGCGAGCAACCACCAGCAAGCUCCUGAGGAGGAGCCCAUCCCGCUGGACCAGCUAGGCGGCUCCUGCAGGACACACUACGGCUACUCGGAGGCCUCCACCCUCCACCACCAGCCGGGGGCCCUGCUGGCUGCCCUGGCCUCCCUGCUCUUCAGUCUGUGUCUUCUGUGACCCGCCGGGGACGGGGAAUCCCUGCUUCUGUGAACGAGGACCAGCCUCUUUCCUGAGCUGGCACCUGGGCUCCCUGGGGCAGGACACCUGGGGACAGACAGCCCAGGGCACAGCCCCCCAAUAAAAGCAGUGACCCUUCAAA